GACCCAGACCCAGACAGUGACCAGCAGCUCCUCUUUCACAGCUCUCCUGUAGCUGAGAGCCAGUAUCAGAGAGGAAACCAUCAUGUAGACUCAGGCUCAACCAAUCACAGUAGCAAUGUGGACAACUCUCCCAUGUCACAGACUGACUCUGAUCCUACCACAGGUAACAAGCACUUCAUAUGUGACACCUGUGGGAAAGAAUUUAAGCGCAAGUCCAUAUUCAACCAACAUUUUAGAAUCCACACAGGUGAGAAGCCGCAUCUUUGCAACACCUGUGGGAAAGGAUUCAGGAAUAUCUCACAUUUGACUGAUCAUUUAAGAAUCCACACAGGUGAGAGACCAUUUAUUUGCAAAACUUGUGGGAAAGAAUUUAAGCGCAAAUCCAUAUUGAACCAACAUUUUAGAAUCCACACAGGUGAGAAGCCAUAUUCUUGUGAAACAUGUGGGAAGAGUUUUGGUCGUAGUAGUACCUUAAUUAUCCAUAAGAGAAUCCACACAGGUGAGAAGCCGCAUCUUUGCAACACCUGUGGGAAAGGAUUCAAGCAGAGGUCAGAAUUGAUUAAUCAUUUAAGAAUCCACACAGGUGAAAGGCCAUUUUCUUGCAAAACUUGUGGGAAAAGUUUCACAUUCAGCAGCACUUUGUGGGUCCACAUGAAAAUCCACACAGGUGAGAAGCUGCAUCUUUGCAACACCUGUGGAAAAGGAUUCAGUCAGAGCUCACAUUUGGCUAGAACUGCUCAUUUAAGAAUCCACACAGGUGAAAGGCCGUUUCCUUGCAGCAUUUGUGGGAAACGUUUCACAUUCAGCAGCACAUUGUGGGUCCACAUGAAAAUCCACACAGGUAUGAAGCCGCAUGUUUGCAACAUCUGUAGGAAAGGAUUCAGAUGGAGGUCAACCUUGUCUGCCCAUUUAAGAACCCACACAGGUGAAAGGCUGUUUCCUUGCAGCACUUGUGGAAAAAGUUUCACACAGAGCGGGGCCUUGCGGGUCCACAUGAAGGUCCACACAGGUGAGAAAGGCAAAGGUUUCACACAGAAGGGGACCUUGCAGGUCCACAAGAAGGUCCACACAGAUGAGAAGCCAUAUGCUUGCAAAACCUGUGGGAAAGGAUUCAGAAAGAGGUCAGAAUUGACUGCUCAUUUAAGAACCCACAACGGUGAAAAGCCGUUUCCUUGCAACACUUGUGGAAAAAGUUUCACACGGAAGUGGAACUUGCAGGUCCACAAGAAGGUCCACAAGAAGGUCCACACCGGGGAGAAGUAGGGUAGCAACAGUGUGAGAUUUUCCCAGUAUUCAAAUCCUUUAUUUAAAGCUACUGAAUGCAACUUGUUCAAAACUUUUUUCUGUUAAAAUCUGUUCUAAAAGUUGAUAUGGAGAGGUGCUGUCGAAGCCUGUUUACACACUACUUUUAAGGUAGUCUAGUGCUAAAGUUUUUGUUCAAAAAACCUUUUGUUUACAUCCAUGUUUGCUACUUUUUUUCUGGUGCUUUGCUGUGUUUCUUAGAACAUUAUCACUAAUCACUGAUUAGUGGAUGUUGAUUAACUUGAUUAACGUUAUUACCCCAGAGGGAAACUGAUUUGCAUUGUAGAUAUAA